AUGCCACGAAUAUACACAAGCAUUAUCCUGCUUUUUGACACUCAGGACCCGGCACAAGCGGUAGACAACCUCAAAGCCGGAUUGCGGCGUCUGAACCAGCGGCUGCCUUACAUCAAAGGCCACGUUUCUGCGACUGACGCAAGCGUCGAGAACCGCGGCAGACUAGGCAUAAAAUGGUCAGCAGCGGACAGAGACAUUGAGUUGACUGAGCCAACAUUCGAUGGCUUAGAUGAGGACGGACGAGUCCCCCUGCUGGACAUAAGCUUCCCCGAGCUCAAAGGGCAAGGCGCACCACUGAAAUACUUCCCAAGGCGCAUCAUGCCCCUCCCGGUGGUGACCGACCUGCAUAGCAGCCUUGACGCUCCCGUUCUUGCUGUGAAUUACACGCUCCUAGACGGUGGGCUAACGGUGGGCCUCUGCGUCCAGCACAAUGUCAUGGACGGCACGGGCAUGGUCGAGCUCAUUCGGUUCUGGGCCGACUGCACGCGGUUCGCGGAUGAUUCCUUGACCGGUUGCACCGCCCCUGACCCCGAAGAGCCGCUGCAUCGCGACCGCCUCCUCCGCCUCGCCACCACCCGGCAGGAUCACAACACCGCGGAAGUAGACAGCGCGCCAGGGGACUCGGAAAAAGCCAACCACAUCAGCCCGCAAUCCAGCUCCGAAACCGCCGCCUUCCGGGAUCUCCUCGCCCGCCACCGCGAAUUCCGUCUUCUCUCCGAUGCCCCGGCCGCAGCACUACGGCCGUCGGCAGCCCCGGCGGCCGUUUCCAAAAUCUUCACCUUUGACACGGCCAAGCUGGAAGCGGUCAAGCAACUAGUACGAGGCUUUUUUCAAGAGGCCGCGUGUGUGACGACGAACAACGUGCUGAGCGCCAUCAUGUGGUCGUGCGUGACCCGGGUGCGCGCGGCGAGGAGGAGACACUCGGCAAGCGGAGGCCUGGGUGCGCCCAGCUCCAAACUCGGCUUUGCCAUCAAUGGGCGGACACGGUUGUCCACUACUAGGUCAUCUACCCGCGGUGAGCCCUUCAAGGCGGUUCCAUUCUUGGGCAAUGUCAACCUGUUUGGCAUGGCAGAGAUGCCUGUGCCGGAACUGCUAGCGGCGUGUCAGGUACCUGGUGGUGGGGGAUUGGAUGGCGGGGACGGCCAUCGGCAGCUGGCGAGAGUGGUCGAAGAGAUUGCUAGGGCUGUGAAGCGCGUCACGCCGGGACAUGUUGCGGAGGUCAUGGAUUUGAUCGAUAUGGCGCCUGAUGUGUCGGAUAUUGCGCCCGGUUGGGAGUCGUUGCAUGGUGCUGACCUGAGUAUCACGAGCUGGGCAAAUAUGGGGUUGUAUGAGGCUGAUUUUGGGGAAGGGGUCGGUAGGCCCGAGUUGAUGAGGGUGCCGUGGAUGACCAUGGACGGGUUAUUGAUUGUCCUGCCGCGGAAACGUGGAUUGGGAAAAGAGCUUUGGGAUGCAGAGAUGCGAGCAGAGGAGGCAGGUGCGGAAACAAUCGAGGUUGUGGUGGUGUUGCACCCACAGGAUGUCGUGGCACUUGGGGAAGAUUCGACCUUGUGCAGUUACUUGCUUUGA